AUGAUACAGUACCCCAAAAUCGUGCAAUCGUUGCAACCACAGCUCCGCCCUUUAUUGAGUAGCGGGAGGCGCUGUAUCCUUUUCACGGCCAUGCCACCAAAAAGGAAAUCACGUGGCACACCUGUGAGCGGAGAAGCCCGUACUACUCGUUCGUCUGCUAAGAAGGCAAAAGCAGAUCAUUCUGAAUCAGAAGCAUCUGCUACCUCUGACGACGAGAAGUCAUUUGAUAAAGGACGAUGUAUGAGUGUGAUGAGAUAUGACUUUGAUGAUCUACUUACAAGUGAGCGCUUCGAGCAUCCCGAUCUUGUGGGAAGAAUUGAACCUGAUGAAUUCAAUAUGGAAUAUUACGAGCAAUCACGCCUCGCCACACCUCUCAUAUUUACGUGUGAUCCUCAUGAACUCGGGAUGAAAAUUCCAAAAGCUGAUGAAUUCUCAGUGGAUGAUGUCCUACGGCUUGUUGGUGAUGACCGUAUGAUCGAAGUUGUUGAAGUCAGCGGACAGACAAGUGUGAAGAUGUCGCUGAAAGAUUUCAUUGACUACUACAAGGCUCCACAAGAGGAGAGGAAGACUUUGUACAACGUGCUGUCUUUGGAAUUCUCGAAUACUGAAAUGGAGGAUAUCAUCCAAUCGCCGGCAUUGGUGCGACAGAUAGACUGGGUGGAGAAUCACUGGCCAGAUGCACUACGUCAACGCUAUAUCACUUUUAACAAAAAGGGCCAAUAUACUUUGCACCAUACCUAUCCAAAAGUGCAGAACUAUUGUCUGAUGAGCGUCGAAAAAUGCUACACCGAUUUUCACGUGGACUUUGGCGGCACUUCGGUCUGGUACCAUGUGCUGAAGGGUCAGAAGAUUUUUUGGAUGAUUGAGCCAAGUCCUACAAACAUGCGGCUCUAUGAAGAGUUUGUCAGAAAUCCUGAACAAACGGGCUUUUUUGGAAAUGUGGUCGACAAGUGUGCGAGAGUGGUCCUGAAUCCUGGUACUACAACGAUAAUUCCAUCAGGAUGGAUCCAUGCUGUUUACACUCCGUCAGAUAGCUUGGUCUUUGGUGGAAACUUUUUGCAUUCACUUCGAUCUGAGAUGCAGAUUCAGGUCUACCUUAGCGAGAAUCGUAUAAAUAUAACGAAAAAAUUCCGAUUUCCUUACAUUGAAGAACUUAUGCUCUACGUGAUUGCGGACUUUGUUUUCAAAUGUACCGGAAGACGUUAUGUUCGACCUGCUCGAUUGGACAAAGCCAGAUUCGACUAUGUAGGCAAAUUCUGGAAAGAAAAAGGAAAUCAUAGAAAAGUCAUAAAUUACCAUGACUACAUGAGUGGUGGAAUACAGUUGAAUCCAAAGGAUUUGCUUGCUGUCUCAAAUCAGUCUGAGAUACAAGACAACGGCGUGGUCAAUGUCAUCGCCAUGCACGCGGAAAACAUAUUGCUGUACAAUACAGCAGCGACAGCUUCAGCGGUUUCUGCACAAAAAACGCAGGUAGCGGACGAAAAUAUAGAAGUAGAGGAGGAGAGCACAGACGAGAAAAGCGAGGAACAGCCCAAUGACAAGCCCUCCUCCCUUCCUCAUCACACAGAUCCAACGAUUUUCUACCAUGAAGCGUCGAUAUUUCACGAUUUAUAUGGGAGGUCCACUAGCGAUCAUAGAAACCCAAUUGGUGAUGAACCUCCGCUCGAAUUCAAUCAGUCCGAACUCGACAAAGUUUCACACCUCCUUCUACCGGAAUAUGAGCGGCUAUGUGAUUAUCUCCGCAAAAAGCGACAACUUGAUGUGUCAGAGGGUAUCACGCAACCUGCCAGCCUCUUGCACUGUUUUCAUUGUAUACUGGAAAAAAGAAGGGAACAGCUGAUUGAACUGCAUCUUCUACAACCAGUGACACCUGAAAAGAAGCCGAAGAGAGCGUAUAGGAGGCAUUCUCAGGGAACACCGAAAGCCCCAAGAGCUACGAAGUCGCGACAAACCAGUCAAUCUUUGAGCGAAGAUCACAAUAAAAACCCUGAUGACGUUAAUGAAGGACAAAAGGACGAUCUAGCGGCAGGUGACAGUGAGGAUCAUGUGAAAAUGGAAGAGAACGCUAUAAAAGAGGAUGGCGUCUGCGAGGAGGCGGAAGUGAAGCAAGAGGAGGAUGAAGCAAUGGAGGAUGAGGCCCUAUCCAAACCAUCAACAUCAUCCCGAAAGCGAGAAGAGGAUGAAGAUUAUAAUGAAGGUGACGCACAGAAUGAACCCGACGAUGACGAUGAUGAGGACUAUGUGGAUAAACCGAAGAGGAAGUCCAGCAAAGAAAAAAAGAAAAAGGAAAAACCGGAGAAGAAACCGAAAGAGCCUAAGGAAAAAAAGACUCCCAAACGAAAGUCAUCCUUAUCUUUUGAAGAUGCUUUGGGAGGAACACCUAAAAGCACGAAAAAGAAACAUGAUCCAAAAAAGGACAAGCCGAUGUUUGUGGGUGGUUUACCAAUGGCUGCCAUUCAGGAGGGGCCUGUGGUGCCAAAUGCUUACAACUAUGAUCCAAUGGCUGAAAUAAUGAAGUUAGGAACAGGUCAGCUGCAAAGUGCCUACAGAAAGUCCAAACUGAAUAUUAGCCCUCCAAAGGACAAGAAAAUUUACAAACUUGAGCCUAAACAUCAUGAUGAUGAUGCAAGUGGCAAUGUGAAUAGUGCUGAAAAGGAGAAGAAACCAGAGCAUCCCCGACCACCAGUAAUCUCACCGCUAAGCAUCAAUACAAGACGAGUCAGUGAUGGAGCGCCCGCACGACCUAGUCCUAGCUCCAAUCCUCCACCUCGUACCGGGUUCAUGCCACGAUUCCAUGACAUCUCACCGUCUGUUUCGAACUCUGCCAAAUCUCCUCUGACAUCACCAGCUCCGCGAAGAAUACAAGCAACUAGCGUGGAUGGCACCCAGAGGUCUCCCGCGGCAGAUUUCAGUCCAGCUGUGAGCCGUGCAGCCCGUGCUUCCUUCAGCGAAUAUGGACGCGCCGGCCCUGUUGGACAAAUAUCACCAUCGCUGUCACGUAAUGGCACUCCGCUACCGCCGCCACAACCGCAUGUGUCACCAGUAGCGCCACCAUUCAGCUCGACAAGGCCACCACCGCUUCCUACAAGGACCCAUGCAUCACCGUCUGAUCCGGCGCAACGUGAUGAUGCUCAGCGCGGUUUGGGUAGGCCGCCUCAAGAUGUCAGAAAGGCCCGUUUUCCUGACAAUCCGGUGACUGACGUUUCUCCUCCACUGAGCACUGCCACGCCUCCAUUAAUACCUUCACCAGCACAAACUCUCAGGUCUCCAGAACUUCCGCCGGUGUUCACUCCUUCGACGACGGUGACGACUGCAUCUACCACACCCACGUCAACCGUACAACCAGCGAAUUCGGCUCCUCCUCGGAUACCGAUGAAACAGGCCUUACUUCAGCUGGGACAGAUAGUCAAAGAGUUGAACGAGACCUAUUCAAAUAAUAUCAAUCACAACUAG